AUGUUUAAACAAAGUGAUAGUUUAAAAGAUUUUAAAGAUGUUAAAGAUAGACAAGGCAACUUGAGCUCAAGGCCGUAUGAUAGGAUGAAAGAGAGAGAUAGAGUAAGAUUUAAUUUUCCAGUAAAAAUUGAAGGAUUAAAAGAGCAACCAACAAUUUCCUUAUUUAGGUUAGAAUGGGAUUAUAAAUAUGAAUUCAUGGAAUGGAGAAGACAAAUAGUUGAAGGUAGGAAAAUGUGCAAGUGGAAAGAAAGUCAAUUUCUGGAAAUAUUGUCACUUUUAAUAGAUGAAAGAAUUAACGAUAAACUUCCUGAAGUUUUUGAAGAUUCUGAGCAUACGAUGCAGUGUUUAGCAGACGUGCUAAUUACUCCAUCAAGAGUAAAAAUUUUGAGAGAUAGAUUAGACAGAGUUAAGUACUUUUAUAGUAAAAAGGUAAGUGACUAUGAACAUUAUAUAAGGAAAAUAGUGGCUGAGGUGAAUUUAGUAUCUAAUGAAGAAUCAAAGAUUACAAACAAUAAGGUUUAUAGUAUUUUUAAAAAUGGUCUGCCAGGUGUUUUAAGAGAUAAAUUAAUAUUUAAUGAUAUAAACGACAUAUACAGAGCUGUGGAAGUUAUUGAAAGGCUAGAAACUGAAAGCCCAUUAUAUAUAGCAAAAUUGAAGGAGAAAAAAGUAUUUAAUGACAAAAUAUAUAAGGAUAAUAGGAAUAUUAAAAACAAAAAAACUGAUGAAUACAGAAAUGCAAAUGGAAAUGAUAAUAAAAAUAUAGUAGAGGUAUAA